AUGGCAGCAGCGCCCGCUCCAGAAGACACUUGGGGCGAGCUGCUGCUGGACGGGCUCCCGAAUGUGGGACUACUGGACGACCUGCAGCUCGACUGCGGGCUGAGUGAUGUGGGGCUGCCGCCCGGCCUGCACGACCUGGAGUGCUUGGACUUAGACGAUCUGGGCGCCGCCGGCGGCGGCGCGGCCCCCGCCAGUUCCGACCUGCUGGAGAGCCUGCAGCUGGAUGCCUUCUCGCAUCCCGCCAGCAGCAGCGACGCGCGGCACUCGCCCAGCGACAGCGGCAGCGACUCGCCCGUGGUGCUGCCGCUGGUGGGCGCCGCGCCGGCCGCCCCCGCCACCGGCCCCCGCCAGGGCACGCCGCCGCGCGGCGCGGAUGCCAGCCCCGCCACUUCGGAGAGCGAGACCAACGGCGGCGGCCGCUCCGGCAGCCCGGCGGCCGCCACCAGCCAGCGCGGGGCGCAGGCGGGCGGCGCAGCGGCCGCCCAGCAGCCACAGCGGCCGCUGAGCGAGGAGGAGAAGCGACUGGCGCGCAUGCAGCGCAACCGCGAGAACGCGCAGCUGUCCCGGCAGCGCAAGAAGCAGCAGAUGUCGGAGCUGGAGGCGCGCUGCGGCACGCUGACGCAGCGCAACGCGCAGCUGGCGGCCACGGUGCAGCGGCUGACCGCCGAAAACAUGCAGCUGAGGCAGCAGCUGGUGCUGGUGUGCCAGCAGGCGGGGCGCGCGACUGGCGCAGCUGGCGCCAAGCCCGCCGCCGGCGCCGCAGCCGCAGCAGCCGCCGCCCAGGCGGGCAAGGUGGCGGGCGCAGCCCAGGCUCCCGCCACCGUUGCCGCAGCAGCAGCCAAGGGCGCGCAGCCGGCAGCGGGAGCAGCGCCUGCGGGCGUGGCCCCCAAGGGCGUGAUUCCCCAGUGGCCCCUGCUCCCCUUUGGCUUCCUGCCUAAGGUCACCUUCUCUGUGCAGCAGUCUGGCCGCCCCACCGGCCAGCCAGCAGCAGCAGCAGCAGCCGCAGCCGCAGCGCCCGCCAAGCCGGCACAGCCAGCUGCUGCUGGCGCGGCCCGGGCCGCGCCCGCCGCGCCGGCGGCUGCCCGCCCGCCCAAGCGCGCCAAGACUGCUGCGGCAGGCGCCAGCAGCGCCUUGCUGGCCCUCUUCACCCUCUUCAUGUUUGCGGGACCCCUCACGCCGGCGCCGCUGGCAGCCCCCGGCGCCAGCAGCGCCAGCGCCGCCGCCAGCAUCGCGGCCGCGGCCGGCGCCCAGCGCAUGCUGCAGGCCCUGCCAGAGUCGGCGGCGGCGCCGUUUCUGGACGGCGGCGAGGCGGCGGCGGGCGGCGGGCGCCGGCUGCAGGCGCUGCCCGCGGCGGCGUCCGAGGGGCAGGCGCCGCCGCGCGCGCUGCCCGCCGGCGGCGGCCGCCUGCACCAGCUGCUCAACAGCACGCUGCAGGCGCUGAUGGAGGAGCCGGGCAACGCGGCGCUGGAGGCGGCGGCGCUGCAGCGCCUGCAGGAGCUGGGGCCCGUGGCGCUGCUGCUGGAUGCCGACGGCGGCGCGGGCGCCGGCCCGCUGGCCGCCUCGGCCGCCUUCCCGCGCCUGGCGGGGCAGCUGUUUGGCGGCGCGGGGCUGGAGGUGCCCCAGAUGUGCCACAAGGUGCUGGAGUUUGACGCUGCCUCGGUGCCGCACGCGGUGCGCAGCAGGCGCAGCCUGGAGCGGUACGUGCUCGGCGCCACGGGCUUCCGCGGCCGCAGCCUGGCGGCGGCCACGGCCGACGGCGGCGGCGGCGGCGCCGCCGCCGCAGACCCCGAGCCGCUCCGCAUCGAGCAGCCGGCGGCGGCGGGCGGCGAGGAGGGCGGCGGCGAGGAGGACGGCGGCGGCGGCGGCGGCACCGCGCUGCUGCCGCGCGGCGGCGUCGCCGCUGGCCCGGUGCUCGUGUCGGUGCUGCUGCCCGCCAACGCCAGCGGCGGCGUCAAGCUGGCGUCCGUGGACAAGGUGUUUGUGGUGCUGCUGCACCCGCAGGACAAGUACCUCACCUACUCGUGCCCCCUGCCCCGCCCCGUGUUCCUGUGA